CAGCAUAAUAGUAAUAAUAAGUUACUAAUAACUAAAAAAAGCGAACGCAAUCCAUCAUUGGAAUACAUAGAAAAAGAGAAGAGCUUAUGGUGGAAGGUUGAAGAAAGAGAUGAGUGGAACUGGAACAUUCUUCUACGGUUCGGUAAUUCAGCCGUUGAUUCGCUACCAUUAUCUAUCACCACCAAUCCCUAUUCGUCCCUUAUGCUGCAUAUCCCCUCUCAUCACCUCCAUUCACUCCAACGACGCCGUUUCUCCGCAAAACGGAACGCUUCGCUUCCAGACAGAGCAUCAGCAGCACAGCGAAGAACCGCUUCCCGUUCCGUCACUCUCUGCCGCCGAAGAAAACAAAGCAACAACGAAGCUUCGAAAGAAGAAAGAAGACGACGUCGUUUCCGAUAACCGCUUCAAGCUCCGCAACGGAAGAGAGGUUUUUGAAGAAAAAGCGUACCUCGUAGGCGUUGAGCGCAAGAACGAUGUUCAGGAUUUCGGCAUCGAAGAGUCUCUGAGCGAAUUGUCGCAGUUAGCUGACACUGCUGGAUUAUUGGUUGUUGGCUCUACUUACCAGAAGCUUACUUCUCCAAAUCCUAGGACGUACAUUGGCUCUGGCAAGGUUUCUGAAAUUAAGAGUGCAAUUCAUGCAUUGGGCGUUGAAACUGUUAUCUUUGAUGAUGAGCUGUCAGCUGGGCAAUUGCGCAACUUGGAGAAGAUUUUUGGUGGAGAUGUGAGAGUUUGUGAUCGAACUGCUCUCAUCCUUGAUAUAUUUAAUCAACGAGCAGCAACACAUGAAGCGUCUUUACAGGUUUCAUUAGCACAAAUGGAAUACCAACUACCUCGUCUAACAAAAAUGUGGACUCAUCUUGAGCGUCAAGCAGGAGGAAAGGUGAAGGGAAUGGGUGAAAAACAAAUAGAAGUGGACAAACGUAUUCUGCGCAACCAAAUUGGUAUUCUUAAAAAAGAGCUAGAAUCUGUUAGGAAACAUCGAAAGCAGUACCGUAACAGGCGUUUCUCAGUACCUGUGGCAGUUGUAUCCUUGGUGGGUUACACAAAUGCUGGUAAGAGUACACUUUUGAAUCAACUAACAGGAGCAGAUGUUCUUGCCGAGGAUAAAUUAUUUGCAACUUUAGAUCCUACUACGAGGAGGGUACAGAUGAAGAAUGGAAAGGAGUUUCUCCUAACAGACACUGUUGGUUUUAUUCAGAAGUUACCUACUACACUAGUUGCUGCCUUCAGAGCUACACUGGAGGAGAUAUCGGAGUCAUCGCUCUUGGUGCAUGUGGUUGAUAUAAGUCACCCGCUGGCUGAGCAACAGAUAAAUGCUGUGGACAAAGUCCUGUCAGAACUAGAUGUAUCGUCAAUUCCAAAAUUGAUUGUCUGGAACAAGGUUGACAAAGUUAGUGAUCCCCAGAAACUCAGGCUAGAAGCUGAAAAAAGAGAUGAUGUUGUAUGCAUAUCUGCUUUAAGUGGUAAUGGCUUGCAAGAAUUUUGUAAUGCAGUUCAAGACAAGCUAAAGGACUCCAUGGUUUGGGUGGAAGCUCUGGUCCCAUUUGAAAAUGGGGACCUUCUCAGCACCAUACACCAGGUUGGAAUGGUUGAGAAAACUGAAUAUACAGAGCAAGGGACAUAUAUCAAGGCACAUGUGCCCCUGCGUUUUGCAAGAAUGCUUACACCCAUGAGGCAACUGUGCGUAUCGCAACCUUAACUUUCUUUAAUAUAUCUAAUUUUGCAGCAUAACAUGUACAUAUGUAUGUGUAAUUAUUGAAAUCAUGUUCGACACGGUGGGAUGGCAGUGCAAAUUGGUUUGUAGCUACAGUUAGUAGCCAUGCAUAUCCAAUCCGAUUUCGAUUUGGAUUCUUUCAUGUUAUUGAUAAACAUGACAGGGUUAUGGUGAAAGAGAAAGAUAAAUGGAUCUUAUAAGUUAUUACCAAUCACAGUGAAUCCUGGUUUGAUAAGAAAUGAAGGUACUCCUAUCUGUCUUUAACGUGAUCAUAAUCAUAUCAUGUUACCAACAUGAGGGAAUUCAAAUCCAUCUUACUCUUUGUUUCAAUUUUAGAUAUUAUUUAGGCUGAAAUACAUUUUUGUCCUACAAUUUAACUUUUUUAUUUUUUAUUUUUGUUCCUA